GUGUCUAUGGAUGAGCUGGCCUCGCCCACACACCCCCGCAUGUUCAGCCUGCAGAAGAUAGUGGAGAUCUCCUACUACAACAUGGGACGUAUCAGACUGCAGUGGUCCAGGAUCUGGGAGGUCAUUGGAGACCACUUCAACAAGGUUGGUUGUAACCCCAACGAGGACGUGGCUAUCUUUGCCGUGGAUUCUCUCCGGCAGCUGUCCAUGAAGUUUCUAGAGAAGGGAGAGCUGGCGAACUUCAGGUUCCAGAAGGACUUUCUGAGGCCUUUCGAGCACAUCAUGAAAAAGAACAGAUCUCCAACGAUCAGGGACAUGGUGGUGCGCUGUAUAGCCCAGAUGGUCAACUCACAGGCGGGGAACAUCCGGUCGGGCUGGAAGAACAUCUUCUCAGUGUUCCACCUGGCUGCCUCGGACCAGGACGAGAGCAUCGUAGAGCUAGCCUUCCAGACCACGGGGCACAUCUCCACGAAUGUAUUUGAGAAGCACUUCCCAGCCACCAUAGACUCCUUCCAGGAUGCAGUCAAGUGUCUGUCUGAGUUCGCCUGCAACGCCUCCUUCCCGGACACCAGCAUGGAGGCCAUCCGCCUCAUCCGACACUGCGCCAAAUACGUCUCUGACAGGCCCCAGGCGUUCAAAGACUAUACCAGUGAUGAUAUGAAUGUAGCCCCAGAGGACCGGGUGUGGGUGAGGGGGUGGUUCCCCAUCCUCUUUGAGCUGUCCUGCAUCAUCAACAGGUGUAAACUGGACGUCAGGACCAGGGGUCUGACGGUGAUGUUUGAGGUGAUGAAGACCUAUGGACACACCUUUGAGAAACACUGGUGGCAGGAUCUGUUCAGGAUCGUCUUCAGGAUCUUUGACAACAUGAAGCUGCCUGAGCAGCAAACUGAGAAAGCAGAGUGGAUGACGACCACCUGUAACCACGCACUUUACGCCAUCUCUGACGUGUUCACGCAGUACUUUGAGUCUCUCAGUGACGUCCUGCUGGAUGACAUCCUGGCCCAGCUGUACUGGUGUGUUCAGCAAGGUGAGGACAGCCACCUUCAGGCCUGGGUUUAUACCGAGUACACCUCCAUUCAGGCCUGGGUUUAUACCGAGUACACCUCCAUUCAGUCCUGGGUUUAUACCGAGUACACCUCCAUUUGCUUAUCACUUUAA